AUGGAACAAGACGAAACGCACAGGUCCUUACCCUCGGCCAUGGCGGCCAAGCUCUCCUCUCGGCUGUCAGACUGGCUCCGCCGAUCGUCCUCUACGGAAUCGGUCCCAGCCUCCACCGCGGACGCCCAAUCGAUCAAAACCGGAAUAAAACACUCGUCGUCGCUCGAUGAAUCCGAGCAACCUGAUCCAUUGGACAAUCAUCCCACUCUGGAGAAGAAUGCCGGUCGGACCUUGUCUCGGACCGACUCGGGUACACCACACAUCCAGGAGAACAAUGCCUUUCUCGACGCCGCCGAUCUGGAUCCCGAAUUUCUAGAUAAGAAUGGGAAGGAAGUACGAAGAGAAUACCAAAUAUAACUGCUUGUUUAUGGGUAUAAUCUGACGACUGAUCAUAUUGUGUCACAGCGUCCGAUCGAGACUGCUCAAGAUUUUGCAACUCGGUGAGUCCGGACCCAACUGUGGAUAAGGCGAAUGAUGCGUCGUGUUCAAAUAAGUACUAACGCCUAUAAAUUAUCCUAUGUUCGAUUAGUCUCAUGUCACUGGAAGACGACCCAUCGAUGCAAGUGCACACAGUACGAAUGUGGACCAUCGGCAUCGCCCUGACCGUCUGUGAGCAGCGUCCCCGUGCGACAGAGUACCACCAGCUUUCCAGACUAAAUUAACUUCGUUUUGCAACAGUUGGCGGAGUGAUGGGCGAAAUCCUCAAAUUUCGACCUCAAGCAUUGGACGUAUCCGCCUUGUUCCGUAGGUCACGACCGGCCUCGAACUGAAUCGAAUACCACGCCUGACGUGAAUUAUCUACUCCCCUCAGUGCAAAUUGUCGCAUAUAGUACGUUACAAACCCACUACGAGCCUCGCAGAUUUUUGGUCGUCCGGGAGUAUUGACGACGACUCUUCUUCGCUACAGUCAUGGGUGUCGCAUGGCACAAAGCUCUUCCCAAGGCCGACAAGAGCCGUUUCUGGGCAAUACUGAAUCCGGGGCCUUUCAACAUCAAGGAACAUGUCUGUAUCACCGUCAUGGUCGGAGCUGGAGCUGCGGGAGCACUUGCGCUCCCCGCGUUUGCCGCUGAGAGGUUGUACUGUGAGUUCUGCUUGUGAGGAUGGGGAUCGCUCGAGAUGUAACACUGAUUCCGGGCAUGCUUCUGCAGACAACGUCUCGCAAAAGGAUUCACUAGCGCUUAUGACUUUGAUUGGUGAGCAAAGACGCGAGGAAAACUACACCAACGCCUCGAGCUGAUUCUUCCUUUAUAAACAACCUUGUUGCUCACAGCUUCGCAAUUCUGCGGUUAUGGCAUGGCUGGACUGUUCCGAUCCGUGGUCGUGUACCCGACGUACGCCGUCUGGCCGUCCUUAAUCCCUACCGUGUCACUUGUGGACACUUUACAGUGAGUUGAAUAAAGAUGUGUAGCGUAUCUGAGGAAAGAGCGCGGGCUCGCUCAAUCGAGAGCCGCUGGCGAGGGGAGCCUGCUGCGCAAAAUCACAUCGCUUCUUACGGUUUGAGCAGAGAGCUGACGUCUUUCCGAACCUUACCCAGUCGUGACGGUGAUCUUUCCGUCCAAAAACGCCGAUACAAGGUCUUCUGGAUUGUGAGCGGAAGGACGCCGGCUGUUACUCGUAGAAGAGAGGAGAGCUCACCAGAUUCGGCUACAAAUUCUCUUCCUUCUCCAACAGGUUCUCGGCACGACUUUUGCAUGGGAAUGGUUCCCUCAGGUCAUUGCGCUCACAUUGACUGGUAUCAGCGUAUUUUGGUGAGUGAGAGAACUGAAGUUUGGUCUGCUUCAUUCACACGCUUGAACUCAUUACCCCUUCCUUGCCCUUGCGCCUUGGCUUGCGCGCAGUCUCGCGAACCGUACGAGCACCAACUUUACCCGUCUCUUCGGCGGUACGACGGGAGCGGAAGGUCUUGGACUAUUCUCCAUCAGUUUUGACUGGCUUUCGAUCACUUCGGGUACGUUCAUUGCGAAUAUAGCUCUGAUUAAAGCCACAGAUCUGAUCCCAUUGCGUUGGUACAUGAUCACAGUGCCUUUGUUCCUGCCUUGGGGCACAACCGUUUCUCAAGGCGCCGGUGUGAUCCUAGCCGCUGUCGUGUCAAUUGCAGGAUAGUGAGUUGCGCUCGAUCCUUAUGUUUGAAAUCGUUUCUGACCGUAACCUCCGCUCAUUGUUUCAGCUACGGCAAUGUCUGGAACUCGCGCCAGCUUCCUAUGCUGGGAAGCACGCUUUUCUACGGGGUGAGUGCGCACGGCAACGACGCCGAUGGACCCUAUGUUCAUAAACCAAACCCAUUGAGUCCGAACACGUCUUGUAUGAUUGCAGAACGGGACCCUGUACAAUCAAAGCCUCAUCUUAGAUGAAGAUCACCAGCUCAACAAAACCGCACUGGCAAUACAAGGUAGGCGCACUCAUGCGGUCUUGAAAACAUGAAGUCCACUCACAUUCUCUCGUCUUGAUUCUCCGUAUAACGACAGGUCUCCCUUCAUUUACUUGGACGCGUGCUGGUGCGUAAUAACCUCGGACGAGCUAUCUCAUAGCAUUUUCAUAGUGAUUCACGAGACACUGAUUCGGGUUCGCUUGUCUGCAGUUUACAACAUCGGUACCAACCUUAGUAUUACAGCGUCAAUCGUUCAUGUGAUUUUGUGAGUUGAUGUGACGGGAGGAAGCUGCUGUAUGCGAGACUCACUAUGUUUGACACUAGGUGGUACCACCCGAGAAUCAUCGAGGCGUGGACAAAGUGGCGUGGCAAGCUUCAAGAUGACGCACAUUAUCUCAAGAUGCAAGUCUGUAAGUCUUGCGACGUUUUCGCUUCUCCCAUCGCAAUGCUUAUAGUUCUCGAAGAACUGAUAAUUUAUAUCUCUCUUCGCACUAAGACCCCGAAUGCCCGGCCUGGUGGUAUAUAGCCACCGUCGGCGUCUCCUUCAUCCUCGCCCUCAUUCCUCUGUACUUGUCGAAUACCGGUCUUCCUUGGUGGGCCCUCGUCAUCGCCUUUAUAUUCGCCGCAGCAUACCUGCCUGGUAAGCCCAGAAAGACUAUCUUCGAACGCUUUGGGCCUAUAGAUCUGACAUAGGAAAGAUUGCGCAGUCGUCGUGCUAUUGCAGUCGAUUACCGGUUUUGGCAACACGGCUGGUGCUCUGACUCAAAUGUAAGCACUUCAAAUCUAUGGGUUCAUGUCUAACGGCUGAUUGAGGCGUUGCUUCUACUUAGGCUCGGCGCUGAACUGGUCCCGCACAACGCUCGAGCAAAUCUCUACUUCCGAGUAAGUUCUCAUCCGCUCAGCACCAUCUCCCAGGACAGUCCAGACUUACCCAGGCGUUCGCUUCACUCCUUUAGCUCUAUAGUAGUCACAGUGUCGCACAAGGCGCCGUGAUGACCAAGACUCUCAAGGUGAGCUGCUUUGGGCAUCAACCCACUCUGCAGGAGUGAGAUGCUGAUCUUGGUCUGUGCGGUUCCACUCUUCCUUUCGAGAUUUCAGUUUGGCCAAGUAAGUCAUCAUCGGAAUCCAUAAAGACAUAGUAAAGGAUUGAUUCUAAUUCGUAUUUAUUGUACCUUCAUCACAGUACACAAAGGUAAAACCGACUCGGAUCUGCGCAAGUUUGGGUAAGGAACACUAAUCACAGUGUUCACCCCCUCCCUGUGUUCAGAUCCCACCUCGUGCAAUGUUCGUAAGUCUAUUAGCCCGCACUGAGGAAGUCUAAGUUCGGAUGUGCACAGGACUAACCCCAAUGUGUUGUAAUCCACCAGUUGGUGCAAUUCUUCGGGACCUUCGUCGGAUCGAUCUGCCAAUACGGGAUUGUCAGUUCCUGGCCUUUCAAGCGUCAUCGGUCGCAAGCACUAAAGCCAACCCUUUUGGACUACAGAUGCAUUGGAUCGUGACGACGCAUUUCGCGACGUUGCUCACCGUCGAAGGCACCAGUCAAUGGACCGGCUCGAGUGUCCAAGCUUUCAACGCGCAGGUAAGCCCCGGGGGCAGGUGGCGCGGCAGUAUACAGGAGCCCAAACUGACAUGUCCAUCGGAAAUCGAUCGUGUUAUAGGCAGUCACGUAAGCUUAAAAUCUGAGCAGGCCCUCGAAGUGAUGUGACAACUAACUCGAGGUAAUCUUUGAUCGAAUAGCUGGGGAGCGCUCGGAAAGGAAAUGGUCAGUUGUUCUUACCUCCGGUGUGCGUGUCUUCUGUGGGACUCUUUACUGAUCAAAUUUGAUCAAUCCCAUUACAGUAUGGUCCAGGUACAUCCAAAUGUUGGCCCAACUUCAUUUACAAUCGGAGCUCACGAGCUCACCCACCUUUCAUUCUUUUCAGGCAACAAAUACUUCAUCGUUCCCAUGGCACUCGGUCAGUCCGAGAAACCACUCGACGAUGCCUCUACCGUUUCAGAUCAGUUUCUGACACUCCUUUUGUGUCUCCCAGUCAUUGGAAUGUUCGUCCCCAUCCCCCUCUGGGUCGCACAUCGCUACUAUCCCAAACUCGGCCUCAACCGAGUCAUCACUCCCGCGCUCUGCUCGGCCAUCGGGCUGCUCUCUGUAAGCUCUCUUAUCCUACACCCCGAAACCACCCGAGCAAGUGUCCCGACUCAUCUUCUCAUUCGGUUCAGUCCGGUAUCACUUCAAGCAUAAUGUCGUACUUUAUGGUCGCCAUCUUUUCGCAGUUCUACCUGCGCACACGCCAUCCCACCUUCUUCCGAAAGUACAACUACCUCGUCGCCGCCGCUCUCGAUGUAAGUACCACCUGUAUCGUAACUCUUACUUCCCGCUCCAAUACGAUUGUGGACUUAAAAACUUUAUAUGCUCACUGAACUGGACAGGGAGGUACACAAUUGAUGGUCUUCGUGGCGACCUUCUCCAUCAACGGCGGUGGGAGCGUCGUUCGCCAGUUCCCCUACUGGGCCCUCAAACCCCGAGGGCAUCACGAUUGUCAGUCCUGCUCCAGCCUUUUUUCCUUCCGAGUGAGAAGGGAACUCGACUUAAGCACUCUUCUUUCUUCGGAUCAGAUUGCGCGAUGCUGCCCAAACCGGGAAAAGCAUGA